AUGCAAAAGCGGGGCCGCCUCCCGAUUUUCGAGCUUUUGCGAAAAGCCAUCGCCAAUCUCACCAUCGAGGACGUAGACUCCUUCAAAUCGGCCAAGGAUGACAUUUCCAGGAUCAGGAUCAUGCAGGACAUUGCCAAACUGGUGUCCAUUGGCAUUCCAGAGGAUGCUGGAAAGGAUUAUAUGGUUGCCGAGUCGAAAAAAUCUGAAGGAAAUCAAUUGUUUGGCAGGAAAGAUUAUAAAAACGCGUUAAAGUGCUACAAUGAAGGGAUUAUUAAGUGUCCUCAAGAAACUGUUAAAGAUAGAGAACUCCUGACCAUUUUAGUAUCAAACAGGAGCGCUACAAAUUUCGAACUACAAAAAUACCGACGUGUCCUGGAUGACAUCGACUACAUAACGGAAAUAGGGGAUUACCCCAAUCAUCUUCACUACAAACUAUGGCUGAGAAAAGCCCGAUGCUAUGACGAGCUCCAGAACAAGAAACUAGCCAAUGAGGCUUACGACGAAGCUGAGAACAGCCUGAAAAACAGCAAGCUAGAUGAAAAAUCAGUCGAAGACAAAAUGAAAGAAAUAGAAAAGUUUAGGAAGCAAGGAAGUAGGUGUGUGAAUCCCAAACAGAAGAAACAGUUGGAAUUGGAACCUGUAUUUUUCGAAGAAAGGUUCAGGGGUGGGGAUGAAUUUGUAGCUGCUAUUCCGAAAAUAGCUAUACAACAGGACAGUUAUCAGGGUCGGUAUACUCAGGAACAGAAAGAGGUGGAUCAAUUGCAUGGGCCUCCUCGAUCACCUGACCUAUCCAUAGUCGACCGGUCAUUCUGUGAGAAUAUCUAG